GACGCGGCGACGCACACCGCUGGAGAACGGGCGGACGCCGUAGGAUGCGCCAGCAGAAGGUGUCUGUGGACGUGGUGCGCAUGGUGACUUCUUCGGCGGGCUACCUGCUGGUGGCGGCGGCGGCCUGGCUGCUGGUGAAGCUGGUGUGCGCCUGCUUCUGGCUGCCGGGCGAACUGCGCAGGCGCGGCCGCGCCGAGCGAGCCCGUCAGCUGCAGGAGCGCCUGCUGCUCUCACUGGCUGGCGAGGAGGAAGAAGAGGGAGAGGAAGAGGGCGAGGGAGAGGGAGGGGGCGAGGACGGGGGCGACGGCGGCGUCACAGCGGGAGGCCCGUCGACUGCGGCCGAGCACGAAGAGGCAGAGCCGUCAAAGCCGGAGUUGCGGCAUCGAGGAGCCAGGCGGGUGGAGGCGGAGGCCGAGGCGUUGGCGGAAGCGGAGGAGGAAGGGCCGCAGGGGGGCGACCUCUAGGCCCCCCACCGCGCCCCCCACACACAGGAAGGCGAAGCUGCUGUGCCGGCGGGUGGUCAGCUACCUGCCGCGGAGCUCCGCCGCCGUCUG